AUCAACAUGUCGAAUGCCGGAAGAUCGCUCGAACCGCCCGAGCGACCGCGGUGUCUGGCGCUAUGGAACUUUGCCUCGCAGUGGUUUUUGAUUCCCCAGGGAACCGGCAUCAUUAGCGUCAUCCUUUACCGACUCGACUACCAAUUCAGCGGACUCCAGACGCUCGCGAAGAUCGUGUGGAUCUAUACCAUUGUGCUCCUGGGCUUGUGUCUCGCCCUGUACAUGCUGCGCGUCGCCAUCUACCCACAAUACGUCCGCCAGCAACUACGAACCAACCUCGUCGAGACAUCCUGCCUCUCCAGCAUCCCGAUCACCUUCACCUCCAUCCUCCAGCUCGCCGCGCUGCAGUAUGGGCACCGCGCUGGCCUGGCCAUCUACAUCCUGUGGUGGAUCAGCACCGCUCUGGCAAUCAUCGCCUGCCUCGGCAUCCCCUACAUCCAACUCAAGCUGCAACCACCCGGCAUGCACCACCUGCCGCCCGCAAUCCUCCUCCCCUUCAUCGCAGCCCUGACCUCCGCCGCCGGCGGGGGCGUCAUCUGCCGCUUUUGCAACCUCCACCCCCGUCUCCAAGUCCCGGCACUGAUCAUCUCGUACCUAGAAGUCGGCGCCGGGCUAGCCCUCUCCGGCAGCUUCGAUGCGCUCCUCUUAUUUCAGCACUUUGACCGCUUCCACGCCCCCGCAGACAAGGUCUGGCAGGACAUGAUUGUCUGCGGGCCCUUCGGACAAGGCUCCUUUGCGCUGCAGGUGCUGGGCGAGGCGGCGGAGAAGGGGAGCUUCGCCGCAUACGACCGGGGCACGUUCUUGACAGCCGCGGCUGGCAAACCGAUCGGGUUCAUCAGCCAGUUUCUGGGUCUGUUGACCUGGGGGUAUGGGGUGUUUUGGUGGUGCUUCGCCAUCCUCAGCAUUUGUCAUACAGCGUGCGGGCAGCCGGGGGGAUGGCGUGCGACGCAGUUUAGUCUGUCGGCGUGGUCGCUCAUUUUUCCGUGGGGCGUUUUCGCCAACUCGGCCGUAGAAUUCGGCAAGAUCAUGGCCUCGCCGGCAUUUGCGGUCGUCUCGACAGGGCUGCUGCUACUCCUGCUGGUGAUGUGGGUGGUGAUGCAGGUCCUGACGGUUAAAGGAAUUGUCACCGGCCGCAUCGUGGGUCUGCCGCAUGGCUGGAAGGCGCGCAGGGCGGAUGCCGAGCCCAAGGCGGCGUAG